UACCUAAGCGCCGGCAAAGAUAUGGUGGAGAACACUAACAUUAAUGACUGGUACAGGAGAAUGGAAACUGCAGUCGGAGAAUCAUCAAGGAUAUCGAUGUAGCUUGCAAAUACUUCCAGCUUAUUUCUUCAAGAAAUAGAUCCAUAGUUGAGAAAUGGAAUCCAUGAAUAAGAAUGGUAUUCCAGGGGAUCAUGAAGUUGCCAAGGCUGAGCUAAUGCGAGGCCACGGCCAACUCUGGAACAUCAUCUUCAACUACGUCAACUCCAUGGCCCUCAAGUGCGCCGCAGAGCUCGGCAUCGCCGACGUAAUCUACCGCCAUGGCCAGCCUCUUCCUCUCUCUGUUCUGCUCACCGAGCUCUCUAUUCUCCCCUCAAGAACCGACUCCUUCCGCCGCCUCAUGCGCCUGCUCGUACACUCCGGCCUCUUCACGAGCUCGACCGCCGGAGACGAGGAAGAAGAGGCCUACGCCCUCACACCCAUCUCUGCCUCCUUUCUCGUGACCAGCAAAGCAGAGAACAUGUCCCCGCUCGUGUUCGCCGUGCUCGACCCGGUCAUGGUCGACCCCUGGCACUGCUUGAGCAGGUGGUUCACCGCUGCCGACGAACCCCCUGCCGCCUUUGACCUAUUCCACGGGAAGUCAUUGUUCGAGUUGACCGGAAACAACCCCGAGUUCAACGUAAGUUUCAACCGGGCUUUGGCCGCCGAUUCCAGCUUCGUGGCGAAAUUGAUCCUCGAACAGUGCGGCGGCGACGUCUUCCGAGGCCUGCAAUCGCUGGUGGACGUCGGAGGAGGGAGCGGCGUGCUCGCCACCGCCAUCGCCGACGCCUUCCCGCAGACCAAGUGCGCCGUGUUCGAUCUCCCGCACGUGGUGGCUUUGCUGCAGGGAAACCCAACGGUGGCCGCCAUCGCCGGCGACAUGUUCGAGUUUGUCCCCCCUGCAGACGCAGUGAUUCUCAAGUGGGUAUUGCAUGACUGGAACGACGAAGACUGCGUGAGGAUACUACGAAAUUGCAAGAAGGCGAUUCCUCCGAAAGAGGAAGGAGGGAAGGUGAUAAUUAUCGAAAUGGUGAUGAAAUUGGAGAAGGAGAAGGAUGGAAGUAUUCAUGAUGAAACCGCAGAGACGCAGCUUCUUUUUGAUGUGUACAUAAUGACGCCUGUGCCAGGAAAGCAGAGGAGUGAAGCAGAAUGGAAGAGUAUUUUUAUAGCUGCUGGUUUCUCAAGCUACACCAUCACACCAAUCUUGGGAUUGCGUUCUCUCAUCCAGCUCUUCUAUUGAUUAUAUUGUUAAUUAAGAUUACUAUAUACAAUUAGUAGUGUGAUGAGAUUAAAGGACAUAGCAUGAAGAAGCUAGCUACAUGUAUGUGUGCCAAUUCAUGUGUACCUAUUACUGCAUGUGUGCCUUCCUAUAUACGUAUUUACAUGUGUUCCUU